GACGAACAGGAGGAUGAGCUGCUCUGUGACACGCGCUGUUUUAGGGAAGUGGGAGCUCGCGCGGGGGAGGAACCGUGAAGCCCGCUGGCCAAAAAACGCAAAUGCGAAACCGUCGCGUUAAGUUUAUGCAAACUUGCUGCCUUCAUUGCGACGAUUAGCAGCAGUGGCAGCUUGGACGGGGAAGAUGGCACGAUACUGUGACCGUGCCACGUCUCGAUUUACUGGAGAAAUACAAGUGUGUCCUAGAAAGACAGCAACAUCUGCUGUUUGGUUGUGUUUUUAUCUACUUUUUCCUUCCGCUGCGCAGGCUGGCCUGUACACAACUUCGGACCAAAUCAUCUUGUUAACGUCGGAAAAUGUGGAGUCGGUUUUAGUCAACUCCUCAGUGGCUAUGGUUGUGGAGUUCUACGCUUCGUGGUGCGGACAUUGCAUCGCCUUUUCUCCGGUUUACAAAAGUUUGGCUCGAGACAUUAGAGAGUGGAAGCCAGCUGUAGACCUGGCAGCUAUAGACUGUGCUAUAGAGCAGAACAGGGGGGUCUGCAUCAGCUACAGCAUCAGAGGGUAUCCAUCUAUAAUGCUCUUCCCUGCCUAUUCCAAGGCUGAUUCUAAAGGACAUUCUUUUAAAGCUUUUCCUCGGGAUGUUCAGGGUCUGCGUCACAUGAUCAUAGACGAACUGGAAGCCAAUAAGGAGCCCUGGCCCCCUGCCUGCCCGCCACUGGAGCCCACCAUCCAAGCAGAGAUCGACAGCUUCUUUGAAACAAACAAUGUUCAGCAUCUGGCCAUGAUCUUUGAGGAAGUUAAAUCCUACAUCGGCCGAGAGGUAACCCUGGACCUUUUACAGUUUGAGAACAUUGCAGUGCGGAGAGUCCUGAACACUGAGGAAGGUCUGGUGACCAAACUGGGAGUGACUGAGUUUCCAUCCUGCUACCUUUAUUAUCCAGGAGGCAACUUCACCAGGCUCAGAGUCAACAUUGAGGCUCGUUCUUUCUACUCGUACGCCCUCCAGAGGCUGCCGGGGGUGGUGCGUUCAGGGAAACCACCACCAGUCACCAUAGAUGUCCUCACCAACAACACACAGGAGCCCUGGAGACCCUUCAACAAGUCCGGGGUGUAUAUGGCAGACCUGGAGUCAACGCUGCACUACUCCCUGCGUGUGGAAGUGGCUGCUUACCCUGUCAUCAAAGGAAAGGCCCUGAUUUCUCUCAAGAAGUACGUCGCUGUCCUAGCAAAGUACUUUCCAGGUCGUCCCAUAGUGAUGAAUCUGUUGAAGUCUGCAAACUCUUGGGUACAAAACCAAACUGGAGAUGAGAUUUCCUAUGAAGCGUUUAAAGAGAUACUGGAUAACUCGGCACAGUCUCCAGACGCUGCUUUGCCUGUAGGGGUGAGGUGGGUGGGCUGUCAGGGUUCACAACCUCAUCUCAGACGUUAUCCUUGUGGGGUGUGGACUCUCUUCCAUGUUCUCACUGUCCAGGCCAACAACAUUAAAGAUCCUCAAGAGGUGCUGAGUGCAAUGAGAAACUACGUCCACAUCUUCUUUGGCUGCAGACCGUGUGCCGAGCACUUUGAGAACAUGGCGAGGGAGAUUGUGACUGAGGUGAAGACGCUGUCGUCAGCAGCCCUGUGGCUCUGGUCCAGGCACAAUCGUGUCAAUAACAGGCUGGCAGGUGCCUUGAGUGAAGACCCCAACUUCCCAAAGAUCCAGUGGCCCUCACCAGAAAUGUGCCCAGCCUGCCACACAGUGAAGGAAAACGGGGAUCACAAGUGGAAUCAGCAGCAGGUCCUCAAUUUCCUAUUGUCCCACUUCUCCUCCAGCAGCAUCCUCACAGACUAUCUUGAAGAUGAAAACAAUAUCCUGGAAAAACAGAGGGAAAAACACGCCAGCCAGAGGCUGGUUUUAGAAGCUCCGAAACGUGUAGAGAGGAACCCUAGGGAGGCCUUGGACUCCAUGAUGCAUCUUCUGCCAUCACAACCCACUGUGCAAGAAGAGGAGGAAGAAGUGGAGGAGCCACAGGGUGAAGCACUGACAGAUGAAGAAGAGGAAGGUGGGGAGGGAGCAGCUUUAGACGAAAUGGACGGUAAGACAUCAGAGCCGAUUACCUGGGCCAAACCCAAACUGGAGCUAAAUCGAAGCCGAUGGCAGGCCCGCAAGAAGCCGAGCAUUGUGGGGAUGAGGAUGCGAGAAGUGCAGGAGGACAUCGUGGAUCUCGACUUAUUUCUCAAUCAGCACUACAAGGCCAAGGCACUGCAGGCAGCUGCUACCAACCGAGUCAUGCAGCGUACCCUGCAGAGGAAGGAGGAGCAGGAGCCUAGGCCUGUAUUCAGUCUCGGCACAGAGCUGGACACAGGGCUCGGAAUGGUAGGCCUGCAGCCUGUGGAAGCAGACUUUGAGCAGAACAUGGGAGAGCAGAGAAAACGGCUACAGAAGCGGGAACUGACAGGCCAGUACUUUGAUAAGGAGUCGAACCACGGGGGACGCUUGAUGUUAGUACUGAGCAUUGGAUUCUCAAAGCUGGACAUUAGCCUGUGUGUCGCUCUUUAUUUCCUGUCCUGUAUGUGUCUUCUUGCCAUGUACCUUUUCUUUAAAAAUCACCUCAGGCUACGGCGGGCUAAAGUAGCCCUGCCCUGACAGUACACACACUCGACCUGAUUCAGAACAAUCCAGCCUCCAGAACAGUUCAGGCAGUACAUCACCUGUGGAAAAUCAGUGCAUACAGAUGUAUAUGUCUAUCAGUAGGUGUCUGUCUGUUCUCAAAUUCAGGAUAAACAAUGUUGCUUUUGAUUCUGUUUUAACCACUUAUGAAGGAUAAAAUUAAACCCAUUAUGAGAUUUAUGGAUUUUUAAUUUGUGUGAAAUUAAACUAAUUAUUUUUGGGGGGUUUUACUAAGUGAUUUAGUUUGUUGCUUUUACUAAAGUUAUGGUCAUUUAUGUGAUUAGUGCAAUUUAUUUUACUGUCACAGUAGGAUGAGCCCCUCCUACACUACUUGCCUGUGUACUGCAAGCAAAAAUGGAUGCUUCAGUAGCAAUUUGUGUAUAUGUAUGUACAUGCAGAAGUAUUCGAGACAGUUUAAAUCCCCAAAUACAUGUACAUGCUCUGUUGUAUCUUAAAAUGAAAGAUGAACUGUUCUGACUUUCCAAUUACUCACUGGGAUUUUUUUUUCAGGACAUUUCUUUGAGUUUUAGUCAAGUUCUUUCAAAGCUGUUGUGGGACUGACAGUUGCAUCUUCUUGUUGAAUACUGUGACAGGAGCAGCAGUAACGGUAAGAGUUAUACAUUACACUGAGCAUUCACAUCUGUGAAUAUUACAUCGUAGCGCUGAGUCCACACAAUAGCUGCUCUGGAUGUUUGAGGUUUUGUGGAGCGGCACACGUGUUCACACUGGAGGAGGUUCUAGAAUAAGCAAGUUUUGGUUUUGGCUGUCGUCCACAAUGUAAAGCUUCUGCUGGUCAUCUCAAAAACAGUUUCUCUGUUGCUUCAGUCUGAAUCAAUAAAAUUAUUUUUGAUAAAA